CCUGCGCGGCCGGAGGACGCUAACGGAAGCCCACGGCGCUCGGCGAGCCGGGUGGGCUCUAGGACUCGGCGCGGCGAGCGGAGUGCGGGGACGCGGAGGUGGCACAACAGAAGUUGCCUAAUUGAAGAAAUAUUAUCAAUGAUUAUACUUUACAUUGGAAGUAGAACCUGGCUGGAGACAAGCUGUACUUAAAGAAGUUUUGAUGACAGAAAAAAGGCAGACCUACAGUGUAAAGGAAGCAAUGGAGCAACUCAUAGGACCUGAUGGACAAAAAUGGACUGAUAUGGACCCAGAAGAACGAAUGUUAGCAGCUGCUACAGCUUUUACCAAUAUCUGUGCAGGGCAGGGUGAGGGAGAUAUUGGGAGAGAUGCCCAGUCUAUCCAGUAUGAUCCUUACAGUAAAGCUUCAGUAACUUCAGGAAAGAGACCUGCUUUUCCUGUGCAAUCACAGUACCAACACACAGAAAGUGAGGUCACUUCAGACACAGUUUCAGAGGCCUCUCAAAGGCUCCGAAAGCCAGUGAUGAAGAGAAAGGUGCUACGUAGAAAACCAGGAGGGGAGGUCCAAGUGACAGAUGAGUCGAUUGUCAGUGAAACAGAAAGUGAUUCUGUGCCAGCCAGCAGCAUAGAAAGUGAUCUGAAUCUCUGGGACUUAAGACAAAGGUUGAUGAAUCUGCAAUUUCAAGAAGACAGGGAAUCUGAAGAUAGUACUUCACAACAACUUAAUCUACCAGAUGAAGAUGAAGGAAUUACCCAGGAACAGUUGCUUUGCUAUUUACAAAGAGCGGGAAUGAGCCCACCAGUUUAUGAACAAGACCUGAUGGUUGCCAGCAGACCUAAGUCUUUUAUUCUCCCAAAGCUAGACCAGUUAAGUCGAAACCGGAGCAAGAUAGACCGGGUAGCCCGAUAUUUUGAGUACAAAAGGGACUGGGACACAAUGCGGUUGCCUGGUGAAGAUCAAAGGAAGGAGCUACGCUGGGGUGUCAGAGAACAGAUGCUUUCCAGAACGGAACCUCAGUCCAAGCCUCAACACGUAUAUGUUCCAAACAACUACUUAGUGCCAACUGAGAAGAAAAGAUCUGCACUUCGUUGGGGUGUGCGUUGUGAUCUUGCAAAUGGUGUUAUACCUAAGAAGCUUCCCUUCCCUCUUUUUCCUUCUUAAGUCUUUUUUACCUGUCUCUCCGUCUACAGGAUUGAGUAGGAUAGCCUGGUUCUUAAUAUCUCUUAAAUUGAAAACAACAAAAAACACAGAAUUUUACAUACUGGUCUUUCUUAGCUGUAUUAUCACAUAGAUAUGAGACAUCACUCAGUUUCUGAAUUUCCAUUCUUAAAUACAGCAAUUGCAAGAGAAUCAUGCCAGAGAAAGAAAAGCUUCCCUGGUCUUUGUAUUCUGUCUAGUUCAUAAGUACAAUUUCUAUUGAUAACCUUUUUACCAUGGGCCAAUGAGAACUGCUUUUCAGUGUGUUUUUACAGUUGGUGAGCAAUGAGCUCAUCUAUUAAAGAAUUUUAGAAGUUAA